UGCCGCAUGGCUAAACUGGCGUUUUGCCGGAAGAAAAGAAGUGACGUGUACGAGGCUUCCGUAUCCUGUAGGUCGUUUCUGGGGCUGUGGAGGAAGAAGAGUGAAUUUUACAGAAAAUGGGUUUCGUCAAGGUGGUGAAAAAUAAAUCCUACUUCAGGAGAUACGAGGUCAAAUUCAGGAGAAGAAGAGAGGGGAAAACCGACUUCUUUGCCCGCAAACGCCUCGUUGUGCAGGACAAGAACAAGUACAACACCCCCAAGUACCGACUGAUUGUCCGGCUGUCCAACAGGGAUAUCUGCUGCCAGAUCGCCUACUCAAAGAUCGAGGGAGACCACAUAGUGAGUGCUGCUUACUCCCAUGAAUUGCCCAAAUACGGGAUCAACGUGGGCCUCACAAACUACGCUGCAGCCUACUGCACCGGGCUUCUGCUGGCCCGCAGGCUGCUGCACAAGUUUGGAAUGGAUCAGAUAUAUGAAGGUCAGGUGGAGGUAACGGGAGAUGAGUUUAACGUGGAGAGUGUCGAUGGGCAGCCAGGCGCCUUCACCUGUUACCUGGACGCAGGGUUGGCCAGAACCACCACGGGAAACAAGGUCUUUGGAGCCCUGAAGGGAGCAGUGGACGGAGGACUGGCCAUUCCUCACAGUUUGAAACGCUUCCCUGGUUAUGACACAGAGAGCAAAGAGUUCAACGCAGAAGUGCAUCGAAAACACAUCAUGGGCAUGAACGUGGCAGAUUACAUGUCCUAUCUGAUGGAGGAGGAUGAGGAUGCCUACAAGAAGCAGUUCUCUCGCUUCAUUAAGAACGGAGUCACACCAGACACAGUAGAAGAAAUGUAUAAGAAAGCCCACGACGCUAUCAGAGCGAAUCCUGUACUUGAAAAGAAACCUAAAAGAGACGUCACAAAAAAGAGGUGGAACCGAGCCAAGUUAUCCCUGGCCCAGAGGAAGAACCGGGUCGCCCAGAAAAAGGCCAGCUUCUUACGAGCACAAGAACAAGAAGCAGGGGAUGGUUAGGGGUGCGACAGAACAAGCCAGCACAUCACAGACAAAUAAAUAUAUUCAAGUCA